AGGCCACAAAAAUCAGACAUCGCUGCCGGACGGUGCCUCACGAACAAGGGCACACACAGGGGACGCACUAGGAGUCAGUGCUCACAGGAUGGCCACCAGAGUGUACUCACCGAACAGGGUCACCUCUCCCCUGACGCUCAGUCCGGCUGCCACAAUGACCCGCCGCACCUCACCCACACGCAUGUCAGUGAACACCUCCUGGACCCACCACUCAGCGAACUGAGACACGAGAAACUCCCGCGCACGGACCUCCCCUCUCUUGUUUUGUCCGUCGAAGGCGUCACGCCACUCGAUGGCGUCAUACUUGAUGGUCUGGCCACGUGUCGGUUUGGGUCCACUGCCCGGCCGCACCACUUGAUAGAUCAUACCCGACGGCGACCGAGUGAACACAUCACCGCCGCCGCCCUGGCCGGCUGCUGUGGUUGGCGAGGAGACCUCCUGACGCCGCAGUGGCGACACAACGAAGCCGCCAUUCCUGCACGCGAGGCAGGCACGACACGUCGGCUGACUAAGGAUCAGACACCUGCCGCAUACACGCUUACUUCUCCGUGUCGACGCCGUACAUCUGUGCUGUCUUGUUGAAGGACUCCUGCCGGGCGGCCCUCUCCGUCAGCAGCGGCACUCGCACCCCGCCCAGCAGGUGCGUGUCGGGCAGUGAGGCCGCGAGGCAUUUGCGGCGGUAGUGGUCCACCAGACGGCGGACGUGGUCGACAGGCACAUCCUCAAUGGGAGCCGGCCACCUGAUGGAGGACAACACAUCACACAUACCAUAUGCCCGUGUGGUUGUGUGCUCUGUGUGCUGCUCACAUAUCGAAUCGAUUGUGCAGCCCAAUGUCGCCCAUUUCGCCCAAAGUGGACUGCACCGUCGAGACAAGGUGGCCACACACGUCGACAGACCGAAUGGCAUCACCGCCUCUCAGAGGCGCCAGAAAUGGCACGACGGCCUGACAGGCAGACGGACAGACAGACCGACGGACGCACCCAUUGACAACCGUGUGCUUCGGCUGUCCUCCUUUCUCUCACCGUAAUCUCCAUCAUCGUCUGGUCGUAUGCGCCCCUCUUGGCCGCCCGCUCGCCGUCGAGUUCCUUCUUUUUUGCAGCGAAUGUCUUGACGAAGCUCUCCACCUCCGCCACGACCCCUCUCAGUUCUGCCGGCAGCCCGUGCGAUGUCACCGUAGGCUCUUCCGAGUGGCCCUGUGCAGCCGAAGAUGCGUCGGUGGAUGGCUUGUCGAUGGGGGACAGCAGCACUGCUGUCCAGAAGUCGUGAGCGCCUGCACACAACACACACAAACGGCCACACACAUGCAGGUGGACAAGAGGAGAAGGUUUGCAUGCGCCCUAAUUACCUUGGUAGUUUCUCGUCUUUGCCUCGUCCAUCAGCCGGUCCAACGCAUCCUUGCCGCCCUCCAGCAGGCCCUCCAGCAUCGCCUCAAACGCACGUGGACACACAUCGAUGAAAACGCGGUUCUCCGCAUCACGAAUGAGCCGCCCAUCCCAUCGGCCACCGAACAGCACCGCCAGCAGUGUGCCCUCGACGCUCGUCAGGUGCUUGCGGCGCACAGACGAGUGGCUCCCGCCGACAUUGAGCUUAAGCAGGUCGUCGCCAGAGGCCGCCGAUGGGUCGGAGGCGCCGUGGUCAGUCAGCAGUUUGCCGACGUCGUAGGUCGAUGCGAUCUCUGCCCGCUCUGCCUCGAGGCGCUCCAUCGGGCCGAGUAGCUGCCUGUCCAGCCGGCAGAGGGCCUCGUGGCGAGUGAAGGGCUCCAUAGACGACCAGACCAACGAAUGCUGACGCACACACAAAUGGCAGGAGGAUGCGUGCGUCAGAUCUUGUUGCUGCUCGCUGUCUGUGUGUCGUUCCUGAGCCCUCUCUCACCUGUUGCCCUUUUUCUGCGCCUGUGCGUCUGCAAGCUUAGCCGAGGAGAAGAUGACCAGAAGUGCAGCUUCGUUCCCUCUGUUUGCGUCGAGAUCUUGGCGGAAUGGAGCUGUGAGACACGAC